GGGAAACUGCAGGGAGUGUCCUCUGGACAAAGGAAGGAGGACAAGGAGGCUUGGUGUGGACCCAAAGCAAUGAACGGUGCACUAGAGAGGUGAAGAAGGCAGGGCGGAGCGGGUGGAGAUGAAUGUCAGGGGUGAUUCGUGACGGAAGGGUAGCAGCACGAGACAAAGGGAAGGUUCAAAGACAGCAGUGAGCUCUGCUGUUUGGAGAUGGCAGAGGAUGAGCUGAAGAUGUUCAGACGUUCACUGGGAGUGAGAAGGAGGAGUCCAUCAGAGGAGCAGCUGAGAGUCAGAGAGGAUGAGAUGGUUUGAGCAUGUGCAGAGGAGGGAGGGUGAUGGAGCUGCCAGGCGCAGAACGACUGCUUUGAGUUUCCUGCGGUCGGCACGGAGCUUCGAGGUUUGCUGCUAUAUGAAGAAUAGAAGUUUUAAUAAGUGGGUGAAAGUGGAGGAAGGUGAGUCUGAGAGGAAACCCAGAGCCAGAACAAAGUCGACCUUUGGUCAGUCACAUGACCCCCUCCUGAGAACGACACAAACAGGUUUCAUUCUGUGGCGUCUGCACAGAAAGGGAAGGAUGAAGUUUUUGGAGCUGUUUGGGCGUCUAAAAUCCGUCGUUAUCGGAAUGAUUCACGUGAAAGCGUUGCCAGGUAGCCCACUGGGCUCUUUGAAAAUGUCUGAAAUCAGCGAGGCGGCGUGCCGGGAGGCAGCGAUCUACAGAGACGCAGGGGUUGAUGGACUGAUCGUUGAAAACAUGCACGAUGUGCCGUACUCUCUGAGCGCGGGCCCCGAGGUGAGCGCCUGCAUGACCGCCAUCUGCUGCAGCGUUAGGGCCGCCUGUCCGUCCCUGCCUAUAGGAGCGCAGAUCCUGACUGCAGCCAAUCAGCAGGCUCUGGCUGUGGCUCUGGCUUCAGGCCUGGACUUCAUCAGGGCUGAGGCCUUCGUCUUUGCUCACGUGGCAGACGAAGGCCUCCUGAACGCCGGCGCCGGGGAGUUACUGCGGUACCGCAAACAGAUCGGAGCUGAGCACGUGCAGAUCUUCACCGACAUCAAGAAGAAGCACAGCUCUCACGCCCUGACGUCAGACGUGAGCGUCGCAGAGACGGCGCGUGCUGCUGAGUUCUUCCUCUCAGACGGCGUCAUCAUCACAGGAGCAGCCACAGGACUGCAGGCCGACCCCGAGGAGCUCCGAGACGUUUCCCAGUCUGUGGGAAUCCCCGUGCUGAUUGGCUCAGGAGUGACCUAUGACAAUGUCGAGAGCUACCUGGAUGCAAACGCGAUGAUAGUGGGCUCCCACUUUAAGCUGGGCGGGCACUGGGCCAACGAGGUGGACCCGCAGCAGGUGAAGAGGUUCAUGGGGAAAAUCCGGAAGCUCCGGCAGUGAACGAGCCCCCACCAUAAAGACACGCAGACCGCAGCUUUAGAAAAUCUCAAAAACUUUAUUUUGCUUUUUUAAAACAUUUUAUAAAUACACACAAAUAAAAAUUAAAAUCUCACAUUUGUGUCAAAUAAAAAGUAGAAAAGCAGCAGGAACGCUGCAAAGGUCAAGAGGUCAACUCAUCACACACUUUAACACGCAGAAGAAGAAGAGCGAAGCCGCCAAAAUGACAGAUUUGAACACGGCGACAGAGCACGAAGCUCUGACAUCAUCAACAUUAAUCUGAGCAGUGACUGUUCUGCCGCGCGGCGCUCGCCCUGCUGACAAUAAAGUUUACAGAAGAAUGAAAAA